AUCAGAUACACCGCCAUCUAGCUGUUUGUGGGUAAGGGAAGAGGGGGCAUGGUUAUUUUAUGUCUUGUAAAAUGUAACUUUCUUGUUAGUUUUUAUAAAGUGACUCUUCCUGAUGACCUGACACUUUAUUAAUACUUCUUUAUGUAUCUUAUGUUACAGACUAUUCAGACUAUGAAGACAGUUCUCUAGAAUUUCUGGAAAGGUGCUCUUCUCCACUAACUCGAUCUUCUGGGAAUUCUCUGGCUCUGCGAAGCAUGUUCACGGAGAAAAAUACAACAUAUCAGUACCCAAGGGCAAUUUUGUCAGUUGAUCUUAGUGGUGAAAACUUAUCAGAUGUGGAAUUCCUAGAUGAUUCUUCAACAGAGAGUUUGCUUCUCAGUGGGGAUGAGUACAAUCAGGACUUUGAUUCAACCAAUUUUGAGGAAUCUCAGGAUGAAGACGAUGCUCUUAAUGAGAUUGUGCGGUGUAUUUGUGAAAUGGAUGAGGAGAACGGCUUCAUGAUCCAGUGUGAAGAGUGUCUCUGCUGGCAGCACAGCGUGUGCAUGGGGCUGCUGGAGGAGAGCAUCCCCGAGCAGUACAUCUGCUACAUCUGCAGGGACCCGCCUGGUCAGAGGUGGAGUGCAAAAUACCGGUAUGAUAAGGAUUGGUUGGAUAAUGGGAGAAUGUGUGGGUUAUCGUUUUUAAAAGAAAAUUACUCUCAUCUCAAUGCCAAAAAGAUAGUUUCCACACACCACCUGCUUGCUGAUGUCUGUGGUGUCACAGAAGUCCUGCACGGGCUCCAGCUGAAGAUCGGCAUACUGAAGUAAGUGAGGAGCCUCAGGGUCACGGGUGGCGUGCGCUUUAAUUCACAGUAAUCAGGCAGCCUUUUGAAGGUUCAGAUGAGCAGUUUGGAAGGCAGAAGAGAUAUUUGAAUACAUUUUAACUUUUAAAAAUAGGCAGGAUUAAUAAACUUUUUGGAUGAAUAGCUGCUUCCUGCCUGUUGUCCUGGAAUGAAUAAGUAUGGUUGAAGGUCACUACCACCUCUGCUAUUCCAACAAAUGUUAGUCCCUGCCAAGCUGUUUCGUGUGCUUGCUGUAUGCACAAAAUUAAGUACAGUUGCUUGGUGAACUGGUAUUUUGUGCCGGAAUAGUGUCCAGAUGAAGUAGAUUUAAUAGUGUAUUUUUAAUUACCUUAAGAUGGACUCUGAAGGGAGCAGGUCAUAGAAUCCAUCCCUCUGCUGUGCAGCGAAUGGGUUUUAGUCAUCCCAGACUCUUUUCCCUUAAGAAAACAAACAAACAAAAAACCCAACCUGAGCCUCCCUAAGUAACAUGUCUUGAGUGUUCUUGAAGCCCAUGUUUUCAGUUCUUCCUAAUCCCUGGCUAGAAUUCUUCUCCUAAAAAAAUAUUUUAUAUAAAACAGGAUGAUUCACUGGUUCUUCACAAGAUUGUCUUCAUUUUGACUCACUUGCCUGGGCCAGAAACUUGCCCUUUCCCCUCUUUCUGUCCUUGUCUGUCCAGCUUUCACCUCAGCCUGGUGUGCCAAGACACCGCUCCACUGUAAUUCCUUAACACUGUUCUGUGCUUUUCUGUCUCUCUUCCUCAUACUGUCCCAGCCCAGGCUGUUCUUUUCACAUGAACCAUUGCCACACCUUUUUAGUUCUCUGUGGCUCCAGUCUUGUACUCUUUGAGUUCAUCCUUCUUCUUGUUGCCAGUAUGAUUUUAAUAAAAGAUAAAUAGGAGCUUGGGGCACCU